AUGGCCUGGAAGGAUAUCGCGCCUGUGCCUACGGCACAGGAGUUUAUCGACAUCAUCCUUUCGCGGACACAGAGGCGACUGCCGACUCAGAUCCGUCCCGGAUUCAAGAUUAGCAGAAUUAGGGCGUUUUACACCCGCAAAGUCAAAUUUACACAGGAGACAUGCAGCGAGAAAUUUGGCGCCAUCAUCUCGAGCUUCCCCGUGUUGACGGAUCAGCACCCCUUCCACCGCGAUUUGAUGAACAUCCUAUAUGAUGCCGACCACUUCAAGGUGGCCCUUGGCCAGAUCUCGACAGCGAAGCACCUGAUCGAGACAAUUUCCCGGGAUUAUGUCCGCCUCCUGAAGUACUCUCAAAGUUUGUACCAGUGCAAACAACUCAAGAGGGCUGCUUUAGGUCGUAUGGCCACCCUCAUCAAGCGGCUGAAAGACCCUCUUCUGUACCUCGACCAGGUCCGCCAGCACUUGGCCAGGUUACCCGACAUCAACCCAACAACGCGCACUCUCCUUGUCGCAGGUUUCCCUAAUGUCGGCAAGAGCUCUUUUGUCCGCUCGGUAACGCGGGCUGAUACACCAGUUGAGCCAUAUGCCUUUACAACGAAGAGUUUGUUCGUUGGUCAUCUCGACUAUAAGUAUCUUCGGUACCAAGUAAUAGAUACCCCCGGAAUUCUCGACCACCCGUUAGAAGAGAUGAACACCAUCGAGAUGCAGAGUGUCACGGCUCUCGCCCACCUCAGAGCCGCAGUCCUUUUCUUCAUUGAUAUCAGCGAACAAUGCGGCUAUUCGCUCAAGGCCCAAUGUAACCUCUUCAAGUCGAUCAAGCCGCUGUUCGCCAACAAGAUGGUCUUUAUCGUCCUGAACAAGAUGGAUAUCAAGACCUUUGAGGAGCUGGAGCCGGAAAUGCAAUCCGAGCUGCAGGACCUGACAAAGUCUGGCGACGUUGAGUUGCUGCGCGCGUCGUGUGCUACGCAGGAUGGAGUGCAGGACGUCAAGAACCAUGUUUGCGAGAGGCUGCUUGCGGAGCGGGUGUCUCAGAAGCUCAAGGCCGGUACCGCGAGCAAUGGUGCUCUUGGAUCUCGUCUCACCGAAGUCAUGGCCCGUAUCCACGUCGCCCAGCCGAUGGAUGGCGUUACCAGGGAGACUUUCAUUCCGGAAGCCGUCAAGACCCUCAAGAAGUACGACAAGAACGACCCCGAGAGGAGAGUACUGGCGAGGGACAUCGAGGAGGCCAACGGCGGUGCUGGUGUGUACAAUGUCGAUCUGCGGAAAGACUACAUCCUGGCCGACCCGUCGUGGAAGUACGAUAAGAUUCCGGAGAUCUACGAUGGAAAGAACGUCUAUGACUAUGUCGACCCGGACAUCGAGUCGAAGCUUGCGGCGCUCGAGGAGGAGGAAGAGAGGCUGGAGAAGGAAGGCUUCUACGAAUCUGACGAGGAUAUUGGCGACGAGUCCGAGGAGGAAAUCUUGCAAAAGGCCGAGUACAUUCGCGAGAAGCACAAGCUGAUCCGCAACGAAGCCAAGAUGCGCAAGUCGCUCAAGAACCGCGCUCUAAUUCCGCGCAGUAAGCAGAAGAAGCCAUUCUCCGAGCUCGAGGACCACCUCGAUCAGCUCGGUGUCGACACCGAGGCCAUUGGUCUACGGGCUCGGGCCGAGGUGCAGCCAACACGCGGGCGUUCGCUCGCGCGCAGCCGCGGCACCACUGCGGAUCCGGAUGCCAUGGACGUCGACAGCGCGCCCUCGGCCAAGGAGCGCCUCCGCUCGCUCAGCCGCGUCCGCGACCGCUCCGUCAUGGCGACCAACCGGCGCGACGACGGCAUCAAGGACGAGACUGUGCGCACCAAGGCCGAGCGCCAAGCCAAGCUCAGCCAGCGCAAGAUGAACCGCAUGGCUCGGCAGGGCGAGGCCGACAGGCAUAUCGCUGCGUCCAUGCCCAAGCACUUGUACUCUGGCAAGCGGACAAUUGGCAAGACGUCUCGUCGUUAAGCCUCGCUCCCACAAUGCGUGGCUGGUGCAGCUCGCAGUUUUUGCAUGCCUUACUAGGCCUGCGUACUACGCCAUGCUGACUUCCCUUGGGAUGUCGGGUCCCGACAACGGCUAAGCGUGAGCUUGAACGAUACGGAGCCAGGACCAUUGGCGUGAAGCGGCACGGGAUCGUUGCAGAGGGCGGUCGGUCAUGUAUGGUGGUCUACGGACAGCGCUGAGCAGGAAAAAGGGUGGACACAGAGUGGCAGAGGAGGCGAUGGGCCGCCCGAGUGACCAAUCCGUCCUUAUUCGUGUGGAUAUAUGUUUUGUGCAAUGUUUCUGGCGCUCUAGGGUUGACGAUUCUUGCGCUUGAUCG